AUGGCUACCAAAUGGGAUAACGACGAAGACUUAUUGAGGUUAAGGGAAUACCUGAGAAUACGGAGUGUGCACCCUGACAUAGAUUAUUAUGACUGCGUCAAGUUUUUGAAGCAACAGGCGGACUCCCUUGGACUAUCCGUAAAUGUAUCCGAGCCGGUGGAAAGGAAACCGGUGGUUGUGAUCACAUGGCAGGGUACGCAGCCCGAUCUUCCGGCGAUCCUUCUGAACUCACACAUGGAUGUGGUGCCCGUUUAUGAGGAAAACUGGAAGUAUCCGCCUUUUGAAGCUCACGUAACAGACGAUGGUUGGAUCUACUCUCGAGGUGUUCAGGAUAUGAAGAGUGUGGGAAUGAUGCAUUUGGAGGCUGUGAGGAGACUAAAACAGGCUGGCGUAAAGCUGAAAAGGACCGUGCAUAUAAGUUUCGUUCCAGAUGAAGAGAUCGGUGGCACUGAGGGAAUGAAAGCGUUUUCCGAAUCCCAGGAGUUUCUCAAACUCAAUGUUGGUUUCGCAUUGGACGAGAGCAUCCCAAGUGAUAGCCCAAACACGUUCAUAGCACACAAUGGCGAGAGAACUGGUAGACAAAUCAAAAUAACGUGCAAGGGUGAGCCCGCCCACGGAGCUCUUAUCGUCUCUGCCACUGCUGGGGAAAAGAUCCAUUAUAUUAUUAGCAAAUUUAUGGAGCUUAGGGAGAGAGAAAAGAAAAAGUACGAAAGCGGUGCUCAGUUGGGAGACGUAACCACCAUAAACCUAACACAACUAGGAGGAGGUAUUCAAGUCAACGUACUACCCGAACAGUUGUCCGUAUCUUUCGACAUCAGAAUAUCACCACACGAAGAUCACGACGCCUUCGAAAAUAUGAUUCUAGAUUGGUGCAAGGAAGCCGGUGAUAAUGUUACGAUGGAAUAUUAUGUAAAGAAUCCACAAGUGAAGUCAACUGAUAUCGGCGAAAGGUCGAACUUCUGGAAAGCGGUGCACAAAACUGUGGUUGGCAUGGGCUUGGGCAUCGAGUGCGUCAUCUGUCCAGGUGUGACUGACGCACGUUACGUUCGGCUCAGGGGAAUCCCCGUGAUUGGAUUUUCACCGCUCCUCAACACGCCGCUGUUACUUCACGCCCAUAACGAAAGGGUGCACGUUGACGAGUUCAAAAGAGGAAUAGACGUCAUGGAGGAGGUCGUGAAAGCUGUCGCGAACGUG